AUUUAAUUAACGCAAGCAGACAGCACCUGUUUUUAGUUUCUGUUCUUCGCCAUUCCUCUCUCUUUCUCAGUUUCUCUCUCUCGCGAGUUGGAGUUCCAAUUCUCACACACAGGAGCUGCGGAUUGCGGUUCCCAAUGGAGCAAGGAUCUGGGUUUUCCACUCCUUCUCAGCUUUCACGGGUGUAUCUCUCUAGGAAUCUAUUACUUGCAUACCAAAGUUUUGGAGUAGUGUAUGGAGAUUUGAGCACUUCGCCCCUCUAUGUUUACUCCAGCACAUUUGCAGGGAAGUUACAGAAACAUAGAACUGAGGACGUAGUAUUUGGUGCAUUCUCCUUGAUAUUCUGGACUUUUACACUGAUUCCAUUACUGAAGUAUGUCUUCAUUGUAUUGAGCGCAGAUGACAAUGGUGAAGGAGGAACAUUUGCUCUUUACUCUCUGCUUUGCCGACAUGCUAAGUUGAGUUUACUUCCUAACCAACAAGCAGCUGAUGAGGAACUCUCAUCUUACAAAUAUGGCCCGUCUUCUCAUGCAGUAGCCUCUUCUCAGCUAAAAAGGUUUUUGGAAAGGCAUAAAACACUUAGGACGGUCUUACUUCUUGUCGUAUUAUUUGGUGCUUGCAUGGUCAUUGGUGAUGGUGUGCUAACUCCUGCAAUUUCAGUUCUGUCGUCAGUUUCAGGGUUACAAGUUACUGAAGCUAAAUUGACCAGUGGGACACUCCUUUUGAUUGCUUGUGCCAUAUUGAUUGGCCUGUUUGCUCUGCAGCAUUGUGGCACCCAUAAGGUUGCCUUUAUGUUUGCUCCACUAGUUAUUAUCUGGUUGUUAUCAAUUUUCUCCAUUGGUAUGUACAACAUAAUACAUUGGAACCCAAGUAUUAUUCGUGCACUGUCCCCUCAUUAUGUUAUCAAGUUUUUAAGCAUCACUGGUAAAGAUGGUUGGCUUUCUCUCGGAGGGAUUCUUCUGUCCAUAACUGGUACUGAAGCGAUGUUUGCAGAUCUUGGUCAUUUCACUGCUUUGUCGAUAAGGCUUGCAUUUGCAUUUGUUAUCUACCCUUGUUUGGUAGUACAAUACAUGGGUCAAGCUGCUUUUCUGUCUAAGAACCUUGAUUUGUUUCCAAACAGCUUUUAUGACUCAAUACCUAAACCUGUAUUUUGGCCUGUUUUUAUUAUUGCCACCCUUGCAGCUAUUGUAGGGAGCCAGGCUGUCAUUACUGCUACUUUCUCCAUUGUCAAACAAUGCCAUGCCCUUGGUUGCUUUCCAAGAGUGAAAGUUGUCCACACCUCUAAACACAUAUAUGGCCAGAUCUACAUCCCAGAAAUAAACUGGAUAUUAAUGGUCCUCACUCUUUCCAUUACAAUAGGGUUUCGAGAUACGACAAUGAUUGGAAAUGCUUAUGGACUUGCCUGCAUGACGGUUAUGUUCACGACGACAUUUCUUAUGGCACUUGUCAUAGUAUUCGUUUGGCAAAAAAGUAUCCUGCUGGCUGCACCUUUUCUCAUCUUCUUCUGGUCCAUUGAGGGUGCCUACUUAUCAGCAGCAAUCAUAAAAGUGCCUCAAGGAGGCUGGGUCCCUCUGGUGUUGUCAGCCAUUUUUAUGAUCGUUAUGUUUGUAUGGCAUUAUGGCACUCGCAAGAAGUACAACUUUGAUCUACACAAUAAAGUUUCACUGAAGUGGUUGCUUGGCCUUGGCCCUAGCCUCGGUAUAGUUCGUGUGCCGGGUAUAGGUCUCAUAUACUCGGAAUUGGCAACUGGGGUUCCCUCAAUAUUUUCUCACUUUGUGACCAAUCUCCCUGCGUUUCACAAAGUUUUAGUCUUUGUUUGUGUGAAGUCUGUUCCUGUUCCAUAUGUCUCGCCCGAAGAACGUUUUCUCGUCGGGAGAGUUUGUCCUAGACCUUAUCGCAUGUAUCGGUGCAUAGUAAGGUAUGGCUACAAGGACAUUCAGAGGGAUGAUGGGGACUUUGAGAACCAGCUGAUGCUAAACAUAGCAGAAUUUAUUCAAAUGGAGGCAGAGGAACCACAAUUCUCGAACUCUGAAAGUUCUUCAAUUGAUGGGAGGAUGGCUGUAAUAAGCACUCGAAGCAUUCAAUCAAGCUUGAGCUUAAUAGUAUCGGGGCAGGAAGAAGUUGGUACAAGCAACUCCAUCCAUAGCAGCAAAUCUUCAACGCUCCAGAGUUUACGAUCUGUGUAUGAGGAUGAGAAUCCGCAACUAAGAAGGCGCCAAGUAAGGUUUCAGCUGUCUCCCAGCCCUUCAAUGGCUCCUCGAGUUAGGGAAGAAUUGAUGGACUUGAUCCAAGCAAAAGAGGCAGGUGUUGCAUAUAUAAUGGGACACUCAUAUGUGAAGGCAAGAAGAUCUUCGUCGUACUUGAAAAAGCUCGUAAUCGAUAUCGGCUACUCAUUUCUGCGAAAGAACUGCAGAGGCCCGUCUGUUGCACUCAACAUUCCUCACAUCAGUCUAAUUGAAGUGGGGAUGAUAUACUAUGUUUAGUACUAUGAAGAAGAAGAAUAUAUAUUCUGAUCAUUCGGAGUAGAGGUCGUUGCUUAGAACCCAGGCGAUGGCAUCUGCAGACUCCUGGCAAAGGGUGCGGGGAAACCGAGACCCAACAACAUGAAUCAGAUCUGUGGUAGCAUCUGACAUUGGCUGUAGAUAGUGUCAAGACUCAAUAUUACCUUUAUGUGAUAAGUUGGUUAGGAUUGGGAUAUGCCUUUUUCCAGUUCAAGAGAGUGGAUAUGAUAAUAUUAUGGGGCUGGGGCAGGGACUCUUUCACUGAGUCGUUGUGAGUUGUUUUACAAAUAGGAAAGGCUAAAAUCAACCAUCUGGUUGGGUGCUCUCACUUGAAAUUUGCAAAUAGGAAAAUAUUUGGUGGUGAGGACAAGAUUUGCAGGAUAAACCAUUCCUAGUUGAAUAAACUUUGAGUUUGAGCAUUGCCAAUAGGAAAAUACUUGAUGGCGAGGACAAGAUUCGGUCCUUAUCGUUAAGGAGCCAAGUAUUAUGACUAUUUAGGGUCCAUUUGAUAA